AUGAAAAAUGUAAAGGAUAAAACGAUAAUUUCCCUUUUUAUGUACAGUAUUUCUACGACCGCUAUAGUUUAUCAGAAUUAUAUUUUCAUAUCUAAUUUAUUAAAGAAUUAUCGAGCAUUUGAAUGGUUGUGCAUAAAAAAUGAAGAUGAUAAUAUUAUUAAUGAUGAUUUCUUUGUAUGCAAUGAACAAGAAAAUUAUGUUCAAUAUUUAUUAAUUCUAGGAUUUAUUAUUCAAUUUUUAUCAGGAUCUAUAGGAAGUGUAUUAAUAAAAAUAUUUUCUAAAAAAAUUAUAGCACAAACAGCAUUUGUUUUCUUAUUCUUCGGUUGGAUUAUACUAGGAACUGCUUUAUCUUAUUCAAAAUAUUAUGUUGAUAAUAAUAUAAAGAAUAAAAUACCAUUGGUCAGUUUUUUCUUAAACUUGUCUUUUAUCUUUUUUGGAAUAGGAUCAGAUAAUUCUUACCUUCCAAUUAUUUAUUAUAUUAAUGACAGAUAUCCUGUAGAAGAUAUCAAUAAAAAUUUAUAUACAAUUGAAAAUAAUAAUAAUAAUAAUAAAUUACAAAAAUUAAAAUAUAUCCUAAAAAAUAAAAAUUAUAUACUAAUCAGUACUAUGUCAUCACUAGCUGUUCUAAGCUUGUUUGUAGGAAAUGUCAUAAAUAUUACUUUAAAAUAUCUACACUUUCAAAAUAAUGUUAUAAUUGUCAUUUUAACUUACCUUGCAUUGUGCGUAAUUCCUGCCUUUUUCAUAGCAAACUUUCUUGAUUACAAUCCUAAUAUGAAUAAAAAUGAUAAUCAACUUGUAUCAGAGGAUAACAUACAAACUGAGGAAGAUAAAAAUAAAAUAAAUUAUAUCAACAGUGUGAAUCAUAUAAAUAAUAUAAAUGAUGGAAUUAAUUCAAAUAAUAUAAAUGAUGGAAUUAAUUCAAAUAAUAUAAAUGAUGCUAUUAUUUCAAAUAAUUCAUAUAAUUCUAUUAAUGUGCAACAUAUGAAACAAAACACUCAUAAUAACUUUAAUCAUACCGAACAUGUUAAUGAAAAAACACUUCUUAAAAAUGACCUGAACAAUUCAGGUGAAAAAAAUGUACAGGCAGCUAGCCAAAAUGUUGUUGUAGUGAAUAUGGGAAAGGAUGAAAUAUAUGAGCAAAAUGAGAAAAGAAGAGUAAAAUUAUUUAAUUUAAACGAUGUAGAUUUUGGUUUAUUAAAGAAUCAGAUCAAAUCAUCAUUAUAUAUAUUUAUUGUAGUUGAAUUUUUUUUGAUAACAUUCAGUGUAUGUUAUUUUAUGUUUUCAUUAUUUGACAUAUAUGAAAAUAAUGUAUUUGGUGAUACCUUGAAUAUAUAUUCUUUAAUAUUACCAUCUAGUUUUAUAUUUACCUUAAUAUUUGGCAUAAUAGCGGAUGUAAUAAAUAUAUCAAAUUUUAUAAGUUUCAAUUUAAUAUUAGGAAUAUUUGUAUAUAUCCUUAUAUAUUUUUAUUAUACAACAACAAAUGUAACAAUUGGAUAUAUAUCUUUAGUUCUAUAUUUUUUUCAUCAGAGUUUUUUUGCGAAUCAUAUGUAUAUGUACAUGUCUACUAUAUUUAAGCAAGAUAAUUUCUCAAUUCUUAUUGGCAUAAUAAAUACAUUUGCCUCAUUAGCAUUUUUUAUGUCAUAUAAAAUACAUGAGUUUAUAAAAAUGAAGAAUAAAAAUAGUGUAUAUCCAAAGGCAAUAGCUCAAGGGCUUUUUAUAUCUUAUGUUGUUAUUUUUUUUACGCACAUAUUUUAUAUUAAAAGAAAAAUGCGUUAUCACAUUAUCUCUGGUACUUUUUCAAAGUAG